CAAGUGGACUACAUUCCCCAGGAACAUGGCAGAGCAAGAGAGUCUGGAGUUUGGAAAAGCUGACUUUGUCCUCCUGGACCAAGUUACUAUGGAGGACUUCCUGGAGAAUCUGAAGCUGAGGUUUGAGAAGGGGCGCAUCUACACAUACAUCGGGGAGGUUGUGGUCUCCAUGAAUCCAUACAAACCACUGGAGCUCUAUGGGAAGGAUGUGAUUGAGCAUUAUCGGGGCCGAGAACUAUACGAGAGACCACCUCAUCUCUAUGCAGUGGCCGAUGCAGCAUACAAAGCCAUGAAGCGCCGGGCCAUGGAUACUUGCAUCGUCAUCUCAGGAGAAAGCGGGGCUGGAAAGACUGAAGCCAGCAAGUACAUCAUGCAAUAUAUUGCUGCAAUCACAAAUCCUAGCCAGAGGGCCGAAGUGGAAAGGGUAAAAAAUGUUUUGCUCAAAUCCAACGGCGUUCUGGAGGCCUUUGGCAAUGCCAAGACGAACCGCAACGACAAUUCCAGCCGAUUUGGCAAAUACAUGGACAUCAACUUUGACUUCAAAGGAGACCCCACCGGAGGACACAUCAGCAACUACUUGUUAGAAAAGUCACGCAUCCUCAAGCAGCAACCGGGUGAAAGGAACUUCCAUGCCUUCUAUCAGUUGCUCCUUGGUGCCCCGGACGCUAAGCUGGAAUCUCUCCAUCUUGUUGGGGAUCCGACGGCCUACAGGUUUACCAAGGAGGGUGCCAGUAAUAACAGGUCUUUGGACAGUGAGAAAACCAGCUAUCGAGCGGUGGUGGAUGCCAUGAGAGUGAUCGGUUUCAGCGCCCAAGAGGUGGAUUCAGUGCAGAAGAUCCUGGCAGCCAUUCUGCACUUGGGCAACGUGAACUUCAUCUCCUCCGGGGAUGAGGUGGACGUAGAGAACCCCCAGCUGGUUUCCCAACUUGCGGAAUUGACUUCCACGGAGCCGGAGAGCCUGCUGAACACACUCCUGUAUCGGACGGUGGCUACCGGGGGUGGGGAGGUGAUCCAGAAGGGCCACAGCUGUGAUGAGGCCAACUACGCCCGGGAUGCCUGCGCCAAGGCUAUUUAUGAGAGGCUUUUUUGUUGGAUCGUGGCCCGUAUCAACGCCAUCAUUGAGGUCAAGAACUACGACGCCCGAAUCCAUGGCAAGAACACCGUCAUUGGUGUCUUGGACAUUUAUGGCUUUGAGAUCUUCGACAACAACAGCUUCGAGCAGUUUUGCAUCAACUACUGCAAUGAGAAGCUGCAGCAGCUGUUCAUCGAGCUGAUUCUACAGCAGGAGCAGGCUGAAUACCAGCGUGAGGGGAUCGAAUGGCAGCAU